CGCGGGAGCCCAGCCUAAUCCCCCGCCUCCCCAUCUCCGACGGUGAGGGGCGCCCUGGGUGGGGAGUGGGGUAAAUAAUUGGCCAGAGGUCUGGCUUCCGAUUCUCCUCCACUUCCCAGCGGCUCAAGGGAACUCGGGGCUACGCAGCCCUAGCAGAACCUGAGACCAGAGUGAGACGUGGGGACUGGCCGGCCCGCACCCCUGACCGUCACCUCUGGCCACCACCUCUCCAAGAAUCAAAUUCUUGAGAGGAACCGCUGACACCAGGACAUCAAGCACGACCUUCUGCGACCCACCCCUCUUGCAGAAAGGAUGCUGAACGGCACCACUCUAGAGGCAGCGCUUUGCGGCCGCUUUUGCUUCUUCACUCGAAUGCACUGAGAGCCCCAGGCGUGUGUUUAUGGAAAUAGUGGGGUGCCGAGCCGAAAACAAUUCGUGUCCUUUCCGCCCCCCAGCCAUGCUCUUCCACGGAAUCUCCGGAGGCCACAUCCAAGGUAUCAUGGAGGAGAUGGAGCGCAGAUCCAAGACGGAGGCCCGUCUGGCCAAAGGCACCCAGCUCAACGGCCGCGACGCGGGCAUGCCCCCGCUCAGCCCCGAGAAACCCGCUCUGUGCGCAGGCUGCGGGGGCAAGAUCUCCGACAGGUACUACCUGCUGGCCGUGGACAAGCAGUGGCACCUCAGGUGCCUCAAGUGCUGUGAAUGUAAGCUGGCCCUGGAGUCCGAGCUCACCUGCUUCGCCAAGGACGGCAGCAUUUACUGCAAGGAGGAUUACUACAGAAGGUUCUCUGUGCAGAGAUGUGCCCGCUGCCACCUUGGCAUUUCCGCCUCUGAGAUGGUCAUGCGCGCCCGAGACUCUGUCUAUCACCUGAGCUGCUUUACUUGCUCCACUUGCAACAAGACCUUGACCACGGGCGACCAUUUCGGUAUGAAGGACAGCCUGGUGUACUGCCGCGCACACUUUGAGACCCUCUUGCAAGGGGAAUAUCCACCUCAGCUGAGCUACACCGAGCUGGCAGCCAAGAGCGGCGGCUUGGCCUUGCCUUACUUCAAUGGCACUGGCACGGUGCAGAAGGGGCGGCCCCGGAAGCGAAAGAGCCCAGCUCUGGGAGUGGACAUCGUGAAUUACAACUCAGGUUGUAAUGAGAACGAGGCAGACCACUUGGACCGGGACCAGCAGCCUUACCCACCCUCACAGAAGACCAAACGCAUGCGAACUUCCUUCAAGCACCACCAGCUCCGGACCAUGAAAUCCUACUUUGCCAUCAACCACAACCCCGAUGCCAAGGACCUCAAACAGCUUGCUCAAAAAACAGGCCUGACCAAAAGAGUUUUGCAGGGAGAACAAAUCUUGGGGCAUUACAGCCAAACAUCCCGACGUUUGAAAAUUCCCUAAAGUAUUAAAAGAAGGGGAAAAGUUUGAUCGGAAAUCCACUGCAGUGAAGACAAAGACACUAUUAGGUUAUGAUAAUCAUACAUUUAAAAGUUUAUUGAACCAAAAGAGAGAGAGAGAGAAAGAGAGAGUGAGACUUAAGUGUCAUUUAUUGAAUGCUAGCAAAACCUCUGUUUUUAUGAUGUCUGACGCAAAUGAAGGCUUAGCCUCAUGUGGCUUAACAAAAGAGCGAGAUAAAUCGUGGCUAAACCCAGAGCAACCUGGCACUAAUACGCCCUCCCCACAUUUGGAGAAAAUUACUAUCGAAACAAUUCCACACAUUUGUCAAGCAAAAUAGCUGUAAAAUAAAGUCCAAAAGCAUCCAUUUCAUCUGCUUGCUAAUGUGUAUCAGUCCUAUCUGUUAAUGGCAUUUUUCCAGUUGUAAAUUCAAAGAAUAACGUUUACUCAUUAACGAGAGGAUAGGGAUCAAACCCAGUAAUUUUAGUAUUAUUGUCUAUACUUCCUUUUUAACCAGAAGGCUCUGCAUGCACGUUUGCAUCUGUCACUUCCAGUGUACACCUCUGUAAUGAUGACCUUGCUGUUUCCUGUAUGAUAAAUAGCUUUCAUUAAUAAACAUUUUACUUGAUGCAAACAUAGUUAACUUUAUGUUAAGCACACACUGUUGAAGUUGAUUUUGAACACUGUAUGAAAGAGGCAGGACAGCACACCUGCAGCCUGUUAUGCCCAGGAACAAAGGUCCAGACUAGAGAAUCAGGUGAAAUUGUUUUCUUUGAUUUUAACUUUUUAUGGCUUAUUUUCCACUUACUAUAUUUAGUUGACACAUGGAUGAACAUAAAAGAGUAAGCCCAAAUUAUAACAAGAAUAAAACAAAAAUAAAAUUAUUAUGUAAGAUUCCAGCAACCCUUUUUUUAGAUUCUAUGGUAACAUUUAUAGAUUCUCUGUGAGUUUACAUGUUCACUAUGCAAUGAACAAAUUUAUUGAAGUAUAUGAGUAUAUUCUGAAUGCUGACAUUUUGAUCUUUGUGUACUUCAGGUUGCAUAUGGUAUCAGAAACAAAGGAUCAAUGAGAGAGAAGAGCAAUUAUUUAGGGAGGAGGUCUCUUUUCACUGUUAGAGGGAAUACUUGAAGAAUUUUGUAAAGCUCCCCUUCCUUAGCUAUAUAUCCAAAGCACAUGUUAAACAAAUUAGCAUAUAGAAUACUUUCCAGAAAAAAAUUCCUUAUGAAAUUUUUAUUACCUACAAAUAAUCCCUAUGUAAAGGGUGUAAGUUUUACAAAUGACAGACAUAAAGAAAAAAAAAAAACCUCACCUAUAUUUAUUCUCAGAAUUUUGAAUGUUUUCUCAAAUACUCUCACUUCCUGAAUGCCAAACAAGAGGGGGAAAAAAGUUUAAAGGACAGGUACCAACUUACUCACAAUGCACCAUGACAAGUGGACUACUCUGAGUGACCAUGGAACAUGUUGGUUUUGUCAGUCCCUUGGAUGUUUCUGCCUCAUCGAGCUCUCAUCCAUGACGCUUGCAGCCUGAAUGGAUUUUCCAACCCAUUUUCAGCCAGAGUGUUGAAAUCUUGGUCCUGUAAGCUCUGCCUUCUUUUCCUGUUCUGUCACCUAGAGGGCAGUUUCAUUUUGAAAUAUUUUGGAAGUUUGCCUGGUUUUGCAGACUUUUAACUAUUUGUCUGGUAUGUGAAGUGCGGGAAGAGACCAAAGAGAGAAAGAACGUAGCUGAAAUUAGACAUCUGAAAAAAAUAAUACAAAUUUGAAACAGGCACAUUUGUUUUUAAAGGAGAGGAAAAGAACACUAAUUAUGUGAGAGGGAAGAGGAAAAAUCACGUGAGGCAGACUUGGAGAGUCCAACACACUUUCCUGUGAUGGAUGGCAGCCUUCAGCCCGGGCAACAGCAGAUUGAUUGCUUGGUGUAGACUGGAAGACUGAGGAUGUUUUAGAUGGGUGCAGGGUACCAGAUUUUAUAGCUUCUACCUCCCCAAAUGCCUAGAUGGGUGUACCUUCUGACAAACUGAUCCUAGGCACACAAAUUCUUACCGACAGUGUCUGUGAACCGCGGUUGAAUACCACCGUGAUACUGGCUCACCUAGUAGGUAGGCUUUUGAUACUUCACAUAGGGCAAAACUUCAUAACAGAGAAACCAAAGCACACGACUCUUAAAGCCUUGGUGAUUUUCAUUACCUAAAAAGUCAAUAGCUUUACUUAGCUGAAUCCCAGUGGAAUUUGCUGUUCAGUUUUCAGAGUCGACGUCUCUUUUAUUAGCCACAUCUAAAAUAGCAUUGUUUUCUAUUGCAGUAUGUCUGCAAAGAACGCUGUGGUAUGAAUUAUCAGAAGUGGGAAGUGCUGGGACAGAAACACGGCAUUUUAUCAUUUUAGGCUUUUAAGGAAAUACAAGAGAUAAUGCUGUUGUUAUCAAAAUAAUACGUGUUGAAUGGAGUUUUGUUAUUCCAUUUUUAACUGUGUUGCUAGCACAGUAGCUUCUUCACGUGUAGGAAAAUUAUGAACUGUCAAGGAGAUUUAACACCUUUUACACCUUAUGGUCACUAGACAUCAUGGUACAGUAAGAACACUGUGGCUUAGUCUAAACUAAGGAAGUAAUGUUGCAUUUUCUUUGAAACUGUGCAUGUAGAGAAGGCCUGCAUUGGCCUGUGGGUGAGUCUAUUUUCUGUUUCUAGUAAGGGGAAGUCAAUUCUGAAGACUGAAAUGAAAACAAAACAACAAAUCUCUGAUGUACAAUUCUUUGCUUUACAGGCAAUGUCAAAAAACUGGAGCUUAAUCUCUUUAGAUUUUACUAUGGAUUUUUAGGUGUUUUUUUUAGUCAUAUCUAUUUUGUCUUUGUAAUUCUUUUGAAAUUAAUAUGAUUUCCUUUAUUUUUAAAAUAAAAUACCAAGUUAAAAUAUUCUUUUUAAUGUAUUCUGGAAGCAUUUCUAUUUUAUUUGGCUGGAUGUUGUAGCAAAAAGAAAAAAGUUCAGAACUGUGCAUGAUGCUCAAGGAGAUCUCUGAAUAGGAUAUAAGCAGCAGCGAUAUGAUUGCCAGGAUUUAUUUCCUUGUUAACUGUGUUGCAAACUAGAUGUUUCCCUCAGAAACCAUCUCCUGCUUGCUACAUUUCUCUGUGAACAGUGAUAAAGAGUUAACCACCACAAACAUGUAUCCCACUGGCAAGUUUCUCUUCUCCUGGACUGUUGAGUUUUGCUUCUCUAUAUUACAUUUUAUCUUAUGCUGAAAUGUCAAGUAACAGACAGGGAUGAAGAUGCAGGCAUCAGCCCUGGAUAGAAAGUUCUAGUGUCUGUUUCUUUGUCCCUUCAGCUCACUUGUUAGAACCAUCGGGAAUGUUUCUUUCCUUUGGACUUUUCUGUUUACACAUGCAUGAUCUCAUAAGUUACUCGGAAGAGUACCUGGAUACCUUUUAUGGUUAUUUGAAAUAAAAUUUGCU